UGUCAACUCUACACCUUGAGAGAAGAAGAAACAAUAUGAGUGUUGUGGUGAUCAGCAAGUCCCCACCCGUGCUCGUCGAGCCAUGGGAGGCGACAGUCACGGGAGGGGACAUCAAUCUGUCGUCUUAUGACAAGAUGUUUGGCGGCAGAUCAGUUACAGUGCUCUUCAUCUUUGCGUGUUCAAUUCCAGAUCCCGUGGAGACCAUUAAAAGGGGAUUGUCACAAGCACUUGUCCAUUACUACCUUAUCGCCGGCCGCCUUGCCGCUGGCGACGCAGCCGGCGAAUUCGUCAUCAAAUGCACCGGCGAGGGGGUCUCCUUUGUUGCCGCCUCUGCCAACUGCGCCAUCAAUGACGUCCCAGAGUUCUGUGACUCUUCGCUGCAAGAAGAGCUCGCCAUCUUCCAUGCGGCCGAGGGUUUCAGCAACACUGAACCACUAGUGUUGAUGCAGGUGACCGUGUUCACUUGUGGCGGGUUCGUCAUGGGGGUGACGUGGAACCAUGCCGUCGGCGAUGGUACCGGGAUGGCGCAGUUUAUGCAGGCCAUCGGAGAGUUGGCCCGCGGGCUGCCGUCGCCGUCCGUCAUCCCGGUGAGGUCCAAGAAUUCGCUCGUUUUGGACUUGCCUCCAUUUUCCACAAACUUUGUUCAAUUUUUGGGCAUGCUCCAGCCGUCCCCAAUGGUGUUCCUCGACAUUACUGUCCCAUCAAGCUUGGUCAACCGCAUCAAAAGCACGUACACCAUGAAUUACCACCGGCCAUGCACUGUGUUUGAGGCAGUUGCCGCGGUCCUGUGGCAGUGCCGAACCCGUGCAAUCAUGUCCGACCCGUCGGCCCUCGCCGUGCUUACCUUCCCAGCAAAUGCGCGAAAGCACGCGGUUGCCAGGGAGGGCUUCUACGGCAACUGCGUCACCGCGCAGCUGGUGACGGCGACCAGUGGCGCCGUGGCGAACGGCGACCUCAUGGAGCUAGUGAAGAUGAUCCAGCAUGCCAAGGAUCGGGUGCCCGGCCAGUCGAAGAUCGACGAGCUGCGGCAGUUGGAUGGGUACAAUCUUUUCUUCAUGUCGUGCUGGCGAAACCUUGGCAUGGAGGCGAUUGACUUUGGUUUUGGGCCGCCGGCGAGAUUGAUGGAGUACACCAAGGAAAGGACGACGCUGCCAAGCUGCGCAACGUGCGUCCCUUGCAAUGACGAGUACAACGUGCAGUCCAUCUGUGUCAUACAGGAGCACGCCGACGCUUUCAUCCGUGAAUUAGCAAAAUCCCACCUCACUUAUAAUCCGCUUUCAGCUUCAUCCAAGCUUUGAUUUUCUCCCAGAUGCAUGGAAGGAUAUGUAUCCCUACUUUUAUUCCCUCCAUUUAAUUUACUUUCUUCAAUGAUAUGUAUCCUACUCAUUUGUAUUGAGAGAAAGUAGUAGAACUUUAGUACUCCCUCCGUCCCAAAAUUCUUGUCUUAGAUUUGUCUAGAUACAGAUGUAUCAAGUCACAUUUUAGUAUUAGUUACAUCCGUAUCUAGACAAAUCUAAGACAAGAAAUUUGGAACAGAGGGAGUACAUAAUUGUAUUAAAGCAGCGACAAUUAGUAUGGAUCGGAGUGAGUAAUAUGUACUCCUGGAUAUUCGU